AUGAUGCCGUAUCACGUGCAGAAAUCGGGUCGGCGCUUCAUUGGGUUCCAGCUUUCGCCCACAUCUCGCACCUAUAAUGAUGAGAGCGAGCGACGGGGCAAUAUCGCCGCCCGAGACGCACAAUUUUCGGAGCAAAGACGGAAAGAAGAGCCAGUCGACGCGCCACAACCGCCCAUCAUGGCUGGGUUUUUCCGUUCGCCCGCACUCCACUGGUUCCUCAUCAUCCCCGGAGCGCUGUUGUUUACCUUCGUAAGUGUGGCAUUAGGUUAGGAAUUGGGGAAAUACCUAGUUUCAGCUGUUUCUCUGUUUUUUCUUCCGCAAAAAAAUAUAUUUUCUUUCUUUCUUGGCCGUUUUUGUGUCGAAAACAACUCUAAAAUGCAAAGCAAGAAAUUUCAAUGCGGAAACACACAUUUCUCUCAAAGAGAGGACCAAUUUUCCGUUGAAAGUAUCUUAUGAAUGUUCUUCAGAUCGUCUGGUAUGAUGUCGACCUCAUUCCCCACCAAUAUCUUGGGCCAGUUGGCGGAAUUCUCAAAUCUUUGGGUACGGAGCAACGCUCUCUUGUCGGCUGGAUCAACGUCGGCGCCGCGGUAGCCCAUCUGGGCGAAGGAUUGGCAGCAUUGUACAUUGCGGACAGAAGAAAAUACGGAUUUGACACGGCCUUCAAAUGGUUCCUUCAGACCUUUGUUGUUGGCUUCCCUUCACUCACGAUCCUCCUGAAUCGACGCGACCCUCGUCCACGAAAGAAGAAGAACUAG